GGGUUGCAGCUGCACACGGACCCGGAUUCGGGCACAACUUUCCUGUGAUUAGGCAACACUGUCACUUUUUGCCAAGGAAACGGCCCGUCCCCUUUUGGCCAAUGACUGUGUCUCAGGAUAAGCGAGGAGUAUCAUAGCGGCCGGGUGCAUGCCCGCGACACGGUGGUCCGACAUGGUGUGGGUGCCACACAGGACGCCCACGCGCAAACUACCUCCAUGCACUCCCCCACCGCGGCCCAACGCAGGCGAGCGCGCACAGGGGCCAAUGCUGCAUGUGUAUCCUGCACGGCGCAUGCCUCAUCGACGUUUCUUCUGUCGAGCCAAACUCCGGCCAGAUUUGCCCCAGUCCGAUUUGGGCCAGCCUGGGGGAAAAAAACCCACAUCCAUCCCGGUGGCUUCCAACCCCCCUUCUUUUCUUCCUUGUGACGCCUGUUUCCUUUCCCGUUUCCUAAUAUUUUGCAGCAUCGCUUGCCAAGUGCCGCCCGCCUCGCACAGCCCGCUGAAUCCUGCCCCGCCUCAUUUCAGGAAUCUCAUUCCCUUUUUUUUUCUGCUCGCCACGUCUUUACCCGCUGGUACAAACAUCUUUUUGAUCCGCCGCGGACUACACCUGGACUUUCGGCCUCAAGCGCUUUGUGCCAACGUGGGAAAUUCUGCAACAGGCCUCCCGCCACCAGCUUGAUCCCGCCCACCCGAAAUUUGAAACAAGGGAUAUCCACGUGUUGCACACUUCCAGCGGCCGCCACGAUCCGAUCCCUGCCCUCGCGUCGGGACACAAACACAAAGACAGUGUCAUAGACUC